AUGGGUGGCAUUCACAGCACCAGCAAGCUCUCCCUAUCCACAGGUACUCCACCGACGAAUGGCGCAACCCCUUCCAACGACCACCCGACUCGAAAUUAUACACCAGGACGGCGGCACGCUGAUUCAUCCUCUCAUAGUAACAAAAAUCCUUUCGGGAGCGUAUCCAUGUCCCCUUCGACCACCGCCCUCGCCUCUCCAACAGCUAAUGCGUCCACCGCAUUCGGCCUAGGGUCCGGCGCAUUUGCGUCCUUUGGAUCGUCUGCAAAGACUCCAAAGACGCCUGGCGGUGCGCUGGAUUUCGGCAGCGUCAUUGGCUCUGGCAAAACCCCAACGGCAGAGAAACAAGUGAAAGACCUUGGUUCUAAGCCUUCAAAGGCCUCCCUUGCAGAGUCAAAAUCCAGCACGACUCAUGUACAUAACCUGAGACAUAGCUGGGUGAUCUGGUUCCGUCCGCCAAUCUCAAAGUCGAACGGGUUUGUAGAGUACGAAAAGACGUUGCAUGCAGUAGCAGCUUUCGAUUCAGCCGAGGACUUUUUCACCAUAUACCAACACCUGAAGCGACCGUCAACAUUGCCGCUUGUUUCCGACUAUCAUAUUUUCAAGAGGGGCAUUCGGCCUGUUUGGGAGGAUGCCGAGAAUAGAAAGGGUGGCAAAUGGAUUGUAAGAUUGAAGAAGGGCGUGGCAGAUAGAUAUUGGGAGGAUUUGCUCUUCGCCAUUAUUGGGGACCAAUUCGCAGAAGCUAGCGAAGAGGUAUGCGGAGCUGUGCUCAGCGUGCGUAAUGGAGAGGAUAUUUUGAGUAUCUGGACUCGUAACGAUGGCGGAAGAGUUCUCAAGAUCAGGUAUCGCUCCUUGCCCCCUUGUUACGACUGCCUUUGUGCUCACAGAUUUUCUAGGGAGACUAUGAAGCGCGUUUUGGCCUUUCCACCAGAUACUAAGGUCGAGUGGAAGAGCCACGACUCGAGCAUCCAGCAGAGGACUGCUAUUGACGAUGCGCGGAAGGAGAAAUCCAGCCAGCAGAACCACCACUCUCCUGCUAGCUCUCGCAACAAGGAGCAGCACGACCACCCCUCCCAUUCCGAUAAGAAGCAGAAUUCGUGA